UGACGUCUCCGCAGAAGAAAGCACAUGCACUAUAAGAAAAUAAUACAUGUGGCGCGUAAGCGACGAUGAUGACACGUGAGAUGCUCCUCGGGAGAUAAAAAGAGAAGAGAAAGAGAAACUGGGACACGCCCACUCGUCUUUAUUACCAACUGACGUCCCUCGCUUGCACUCCAGUCUCUGGUGCGCGCCUAAUGCAGACGCAGCGGAGUAGAUGUUAACAUUUGUUUUUUUAUCUGUACUACCCGAAGACGACGUCCAGUCAGCUUUGGUUGAAACGGCACUGGGAAUCCUUUCAAAGGAUUCCAGAAAAUUGGACGACAAACUUCAGAGGAACCCAUUCACGCACGGCGCCAGUGACGUCUGAGUGAAGGUGCUUGUCGGAGGGCUACGCCGAGGCCAUGUGCCCAGUUCUGCCACAGCGGCCAUGGAGCAGACUUCGAAAACAAGAAGACCAGGAGGCGAUCUGGUGCUGUGCAGAGUUUUGUUUUUCAUUUCCUUGUGGAGCCCGGCCCGGCCGCAGUGUCCCGACGGCUGCCACUGCGCCUGGGACACGGCCACCGUGCUGUGCUCGGACGCCGGCCUUCAGGAAGUGCCCAAAGGGAUUCCGCUGGACACGGUGUCCCUGCACCUGGAGCACAACAACAUCCAGAAUCUCCCCGAGAGUGCUUUUGAGGAGCUGGUCCACCUGCAGGACCUCCACCUGGCGCACAAUCGCAUCGACUCGCUGUCCUCUGGGGCGCUGCGCCAUUUGGGCCCCGAACUGCGCCUCCUGGACCUGUCCCACAACCAGCUGAGGCAAGCCAGCCGAGACGAGUUUGGGGGCACGCGGGCCAAGAUGCGCCUGUACCACAACCCCUGGCACUGCGACUGUAUGCUCCAGGAACUCAUUGAGACGCUCAACCUGGAAGCCGAGACGGUCAACGGAAUUGUCUGCGAGAGUUCCGUGCGUGGGCUGGGCGAGACCAGCCGCUGGGAGGACCCGGGCGUUCUGGGAGAGCACGCCGGGCAGCCUCUAGUUCGACUCCUGCACUCUGGUGUGAAUUUCUGCAGCCUGCAGCGCAAGACCACCGACGUGGCCAUGCUGGUCACCAUGUUUGUGUGGUUCUUCAUGGUCAUCGUGUACGUGGUUUACUACGUCAGGCAGAACCAGGCCGAGGCCCGCCGGCAUCUGGAGUACCUGAAGAGCCUACCGAGUCCCCGUAAGACCCCCACGGAGACGGACACCCUUAGCACCGGUUUCUGAAUGGAAUAAAUUUUGCCUCGAGAGAAGCUGUGACUGCGCUUCAGCCCCCACCGCUAGAUGGCGACAGCACACCUUACGAUAUCAAGCCACCAGGGGACAGACUAGUAGGUCAGUGAAAACUAAUCAAGACAUGGUUGGGCCACGAAAGAUGAACCUCAAUGUAGCGGGGGUUCACUGUAGAGAAAAAUUAACUAAUCAACACAACUGCAAGAGUUUUGCUGACUCUUUUUGCUGCAGUGAUCUUUCCCUUUAUUUGAUUCCACUGUGCCCUCUACUGUCCUCUUCAUUGUUUCAUCAAGGUCAAAUGGUGACUCAGUGAGUCUUCAGAAAUGAGCUUGUCAUCAUCAUCAUCAUUGUAAUCAUCAUCAUCUGGCAUUGGUGACUGUAUAGCACUUAACUGAUGCUAAUACGCACAUGUAGAGCACAGUUUGUUUUAAUUGAUUGAACAGGUGAUUAUUUUUAUUUUAUUGAUCAAGAAGGUCCUUUAUUUUCACAUCAUUGUUUUAUUGAGGUGGUGAUUUAAUGUCUUUAUUAUAUGGUAUUUGUUUUCUUAUUAUUUGGAUUUUUAGCACCGGACCAAAACAACUGUUGAUUUCUCCUCAGGAAUGUAUCAUUUCCAAAAUACAGGCCAGCUGUCUUGUAUUUAUAAAAGAAUAAAAGAUGUAGAACAAAAUUUCAAAAUGUAAUACAUGUUGAUUGUCUUGGCUUCCAGGUUGAGUGUCUCCAUAUUGUACUAUGGUUUUAAAAGUCAUUUUAAAAAAUGAUGUAAUAUUACAAAAAAAAAGCUUGAAAGUCUGUGUGGAAAAGUUGACACUCCAAAAAUUCUCAGAAGUUUAAUACAAUUUCAUUCUGAUAGCAUUAUCACUUUAUUCUUUGAGUAGAAUAUAUGGCAUCUAUUUGAGAGGUUUCAAAGUGUGCCGUAUCCACUUUAUUCAUUUUUUGAUGAUGUGAGACAAAUGUAACGCUGGUCCCAAAUCAAGUGCCUACUUGCCUUUUUUCCAAACACUAUCACCUCUCAUCUAAGUUGUGUGUGUGUGCGUGUGUGUGUGUGUGCGUGUGUGCGUGUGUAUAUGCGUGUGCGUUUGUGAGUUAAAAAAAAACCUCAUAAUAAAAAAAUAUUUCUUCCCCAUGCUUGUCUUUUGUGUGACAUAAUGUUUGCACUUUGUAAAACCAACUCUAAAUGUAGCGUAAUGUGUUUUAUGUGACAAAUGAUGAUUGUAUGAUGAGUACAAUAUUUGUGUUGUUUGUAUUAUCAUUAGGUCAGAAAAAUCAGAUUGUUAUUGUCAUGUGAGCGUCACAAUAAAACUGUAC